AUGGUUUCUAAACUGAGCCAGCUGCAGACGGAGCUCCUGGCGGCCCUGCUCGAGUCAGGCCUGAGCAAAGAGGCGCUGAUCCAGGCGCUGGGUGAGCCGGGGCCCUACCUGCUGGCUGGAGAUGGCCCCUUGGACAAGGGGGAGUCCUGCGGCAGUGGCAGUGGCCGAGGGGAGCUGGCCGAGCUGCCCAAUGGGCUGGGGGAGACCAGGGGCUCGGAGGACGAGACGGACGACGAUGGGGACGACUUCACGCCGCCCAUCCUCAAGGAGCUGGAGAGCCUCAGCCCGGAGGAGGCGGCCCACCAGAAGGCCGUGGUGGAGACCCUGCUGCAGGAGGACCCCUGGCGCGUGGCCAAGAUGGUCAAGUCCUACCUGCAGCAGCACAACAUCCCGCAGCGGGAGGUAGUCGACACCACCGGCCUCAACCAGUCCCACCUGUCCCAGCACCUCAACAAGGGCACGCCCAUGAAGACGCAGAAGCGAGCCGCCCUGUACACCUGGUACGUCCGCAAGCAGCGAGAGGUGGCCCAGCAGUUCACCCACGCAGGCCAGGGUGGGCUGAUUGAAGAGCCUGCAGGAGAUGAGCUACCGACCAAGAAGGGGCGCAGAAACCGUUUCAAAUGGGGCCCAGCCUCCCAGCAGAUCCUGUUCCAGGCCUAUGAGAGGCAGAAGAACCCCAGCAAGGAGGAGCGAGAGGCGCUCGUGGAGGAGUGCAACAGGGCAGAGUGCAUCCAGAGGGGUGUGUCACCAUCGCAGGCCCAGGGACUGGGCUCCAACCUCGUCACAGAGGUGCGUGUCUACAACUGGUUUGCCAAUCGCCGCAAGGAAGAAGCCUUUCGGCACAAGCUGGCCAUGGACACGUACAGCGGGCCGCCGCCGGGGCCAGGUCCCAGCCCUGUGCUGCCUGCCCACAGCUCCCCUGGUCUGCCCCCGCCUGCCCUUUCCCCCAGUAAGGUCCACGGCGUGCGCUAUGGACAGCCUGCCACCAGUGAGGGGGCGGAAGUGCCCUCAAGCAGCGGUGAUCCCUUGGUGACGGUGUCUGCAUCCCUGCAUCAAGUGUCUCCCACCGGCCUGGAGCCCAGUCACAGUCUGCUGAACACAGAGGCCAAGCUGGUCUCAGCCACUGGGGGGCCCCUGCCCCCGGUCAGCACCCUGACAGCACUGCACAGCUUGGAGCAGACCUCUCCAGGCCUCAGCCAGCAGCCCCAGAACCUCAUCAUGGCCUCGCUUCCCGGGGUCAUGGCCAUUGGGCCUGGAGAGCCUGCCUCCCUGGGGCCCACGUUCACCAACACGGGAGCCUCCACCCUGGUCAUUGGCCUGGCCUCCACGCAGGCACAGAGCGUGCCGGUCAUCAACAGCAUGGGCAGCAGCCUGACCACCCUGCAGCCCGUCCAGUUCUCGCAGCCGCUGCACCCCUCCUAUCAGCAGCCACUCAUGCCCUCUGUGCAAAGCCACGUGGCCCAGAGCCCCUUCAUGGCCACCAUGGCCCAGCUGCAGAGCCCCCACGCCCUCUACAGUCACAAGCCUGAGGUGGCCCAGUACACCCACACGGGGCUGCUUCCGCAGACCAUGCUCAUCACCGACACCACCAACUUGAGCGCCCUGGCCAGCCUCACGCCCACCAAGCAGGUCUUCAGCUCAGACGCUGAGGCCUCCAGCGAGUCCGGGCUCCACACGCCGGCGUCGCAGGCCGCCGCCAUCCACAUCCCCGGCCAGGACCCUGCUGGCAUCCAGCAGCUGCAGCCCAGCCAUCGGCUCAGCGCCAGCCCCACCGUGUCCUCCAGCAGCCUGGUGUUGUACCAGAGCUCAGACUCCACCAAUGGCCACCUGCUACCGUCCAACCACGGUGUCAUCGAGACCUUCAUCUCCACGCAGAUGGCCUCUUCUUCCCAGUAA